AUGGUCAGACACAUGUUUUCUCAUCUUCUACUACUCUGGUCGUUCAGCCAUGACCUCUGUAUAACUGGACUGACACAUCUCCAGCCAAAGGAGGGGUCCUGGAACAACCAGAGUCUCUAUUCUGUCCCCCUGGAUUUGGAUGUAAGGCUGAGAAGACUAGACCUGUCCAAUAACUUCAUCAGACAGUUGCACACACUUGCACUGCCAUACUUGGAGCAGCUGGACCUGAGCUCCAACCAGCUGGAUCUCAUCUCCGAGGGAGCUUUUGAAAAGCUGGCUCGACUUGAAGAGUUGAAUUUGUCCAGAAAUGCUCUGAACAACAACCUUGGCAGUAACACUAAAGCCUUCCGAUACAUCAGCAGACUGAGGAGUUUGGACAUAUCAAUGAACAGGUUGAGUGAUGAUGCAGUGGAGCUGUACCUUCAAAACAAACCUUUUCUUGAUCAACUUAAGAUGACGGGAAAUGCUGUAACAAGACUUUCGCACAAGUUGUUCAAGGAGAGUAAAGGUUUGAGGUCCAUUACUAUUGAUGACAAUCUGAUAUCAGAGAUAGAACAGGGGACAUUUGAAACACUGAACCAUUUAGAGAUGCUCAACUUGGCCAAAAAUAACCUAGCAAAUAUCUGUGAUUUUAAACUACAUCAAGUUAAAUAUCUGAAUCUGAGUAGAAAUUCUGUGGAGUUCUUUGUUACACGUGAGGAAAACCGGUUUUACAUGCUUGAAAUUCUUGAUCUGAGUCACAACAAACUCAUUUAUUUCCCGAUUGUUCCAAAGAUAAAUAGUUUGAAGUAUUUAUACUUACAGAAUAACAUGAUUGGUGCCUUGGGUUCAGAGGCUACUAUGGUGUCAGAAGUCAACGCUCUGUAUAGCGAGCUAAUGAGGGAGAGAAUAGUCAAAAAAAACAACCUACACUCAAACUGGAGGCUAAUGCCACUGACUUACAUCGACCUGAGCUACAACCACUUCAGGUCUUUCCCCUUAGAGACUUUGAGCCUUUUAUCAUCUUUAGAAACUCUGAAUUUUAGCUUCAAUUGUCUACAAAACAUCAUGUGGAAUAUUAGAGAACAUACGGAACCAGGAAGCCCUCGGCAGCUUUUCUUUCAUGCUUUAAAGUACCUUGACUUACAAAGUAAUGGACUUGCAUCAAUUUCCCAGCAAUUUCUUGAAGCACUCAAAAAAGUAGAGACAUUAAAUCUGCAAGACAAUUCUGUACAACCUUGUGCCUUGAUGGAUGAUUUGCAAAGCUCUCAGUCAUCUCGGCAAAUAAAGCUCAACUCCUCCUGUGUUCUCUUUGGGAAGUUAAGGACUCUUAAAGAUCUAAAUCUUCAGAAAAACAGCAUAGAAAUGCUUCAGUCAAACUCAUUUCUGAAAACCUCUUUGCGUUCUCUGAACCUUGCAGGAAAUCCAAAUAUGGUGAUGCAAGAGAGUGCAUUUGAAGGUGUGCAAAACACUCUUGAGUCCUUGAUUCUCAGUGAAAUAAACAUGACCAGCUCUGAUCUUUCUUUACCCUGCAUGCCAGCUUUGACUCACCUGAACAUUUCUAACAACCACCUAGAUAUGAUACCCAGCACUUUAAGCUGCUCUCCUCUGAGAGAACUUGACAUAACAAAUAAUGAUUUUAUGUCUUUAAACCAGUCUUUGAUUCUUGCUCUAUCUGCACACCUAAAUCUCAUGUAUAUAAGUAGAAAUAAUUUUAACUGUUGUGAAGGUAAAUGGCUAACAGUCCUAGAUGAGCUAAAGAUAAACCUGCCUGACAUUAAUGACACCGUAUGCUUUACAAGUGAUGGAAACAUUUCAGUGACAGAAUAUCUAGAAAACAAUGCAGUGCCAUGUUUGUUUCAUACAAAGUCACAGGAAAUACACUUUGGACAGAUGGUAGUAAUUGCUUUAUUUUUAACUGUGUUAAUAACAGUAUUGAUUGUGUUUACCAGAAAGUUGUGUUGCACACAGGGGUCCUUAAUUGUGUGAUUUCUAAGAUAUGUUUUUCUGGUUUAUUGUGUUCAUUUUUUAUGCAGAGGGUAAGAAACCAAACACAUUUGGUGAGCAGGCUGCACCAAAUGUACCAGAACUCUGACGGCUUUUCUUAUAAACAGAAGUUAGGAUUAAUGGCUGCAUAGACUGUAAAAACUAACAGACCGUUACUUAAUGAAAUGCUGUAAAAUCCUUGUCAUCUGGCACAUGAUUUUGUCCUGAUUUUCUUUCAAGCUCCAUUAAAACUUUCUCUCCCUUGUUAAUCUGAAUGACAUGCAUUAAUCUGUGUGUCCUGCUGCCAAAAUAUGAUGAUUAAA